CUCUGAUAUCACCCUCCCCGAACUCAUCUUUCUUGGCCCUGGACGUCUCUGCUUUCCAGAACCCUUCCUUCAGCCUUACCGGAAUUGGUGCGAGGGUCUAGAUUCGGCCAUCGAACUCCGGCUCCUGACGUCAGGCCUCAGGCAGCCAAACAAAUAGGCAUCGCUGCCACCGCGGCAAUCACCAGGAUCAUAUUCUCCGCGACCACGCCAUGGCGCUCUUAUUCCUCAAGCAGAAAUUAUUCCCUGGGGAAAAGCAAAAACAGACCAGUCCUUAUGGCAAACCAUUACUAUCCACCGACAGUACCGACACCCUACCGGGUGAUCGCGAUCUAGAAGCCCAACGGUCCUACAGCACAUUCCGCGCCUCGUCCCCUGUCUCCGAGACCGACAGCACCAUCACCAGUACCAGCACCCGGUCGCGCAUCAACCCGCGUAUCAUUUCCGAUGCCAUUCUGGGCCUGUCGGAUGGCCUGACGGUGCCGUUUGCGCUGAGUGCGGGUCUAUCCGCGCUGGGCAAUACCAAGGUCGUCGUGCUGGGGGGCCUGGCAGAGUUGACGGCGGGUGCUAUCUCCAUGGGCUUGGGAGGAUAUGUCGGCGCCAAGAGUGAAGCAGAGUCGUACGAAACCACUGUCCGCGAGGCCAAAGAACUCAUCCGCACAUCGCCAUCCGAAACCAGCUCCAUCGUUCAAUCCAUCUUCGCGUCGUACCGUCUCCCCGAAGACACCGUUGCCCAGAUCAACACCUCCCUGCACGCCUCGGAAGACCGCCUCCUCGACUUCCUCGUCAGCUUCCACCACAGAGAAUCCGAGCCGGACUGCAACCAGGCCUGGAUCUCCGCGAUCACGCUCGCCCUGGGCUACUUCGUGGGCGGGUUCAUCCCCCUCAUCCCAUACUUCUUCGCGCACCAGGUCAUGGUGGCGCUGUACAUGAGCAUCGGGGUCAUGGCGAUCACGCUGCUGGCAUUCGGAUACAUUAAGACGUGUGUGGUGCGCGGCUGGACCGGGCGCGACAACAUUGUGGCGGGCAUCAAGGGCGGCGUGCAGAUGUGCUUCGUGGGCGGAGUGGCAGCCGGGGCGGCCAUUGCUCUGGUCCGUUUGAUCGACACGGGAGAAGUCUAGCUUUUUCUUUCUCCUCCCUCACCCUCACCUCCCAGCAAAAGCACCCAACCAACAUCAUAUCAUGCCUUGAACGACUUUGUAAUACUAGAU